CCCCUGCUCUUCUUCCCCCUCCUCGGCCUGUCUGCGCUCGUCUCAGCCCAGUUUACAGUCGUGGGACCGGACGAGCCCAUCCUGGCCAUGGUGGGAGAACACGCCGUGCUCCGCUGCCACCUGUCGCCCGAGAAGAGCGCGGAGGACAUGGAGGUGCGGUGGUGCCGGGCUCGGCUCUCCCCGGCAGUGCUGGUGUACAUGGGCGGGCGCGAGAGGCCCGAGGAGCAGAUGGCACAGUACCGCGGACGGACCACCUUUGUGAGCGAGGACAUUAGCAAGGGGAGGGUGGCCCUCGUCAUUCACAACGUCACAGCCCACGACGACGGCGUCUACCGCUGCUAUUUCCAGCGAGGCAGGUCCUACGACGAGGCCACCGUGCGCCUGGUGGUGGCAGGCCUGGGCUCCAAGCCCCUCAUUGAGAUGAAGGGCCAUGAGGAUGGGGGCAUCCGGCUGGAAUGCACGUCGGAAGGGUGGUACCCCGAGCCCCACGCAGUGUGGAGGGACCCGUAUGGUGAGGUCACGCCUGCCCUGGAGGAGGCUUACGCCCAGGAUGCUGACGGCCUCUUCACGGUCACCUUGGCCGUGAUCGUGGACAGCUCCGUGAGGAACAUGUCCUGCUCCGUCAACAACACGCUGCUCGGCCAGGAGAAGGACUCUGUGAUCUUCAUUCCAGAACCCUUGAUCCCCAGCUCGUCUCCCUUCCCCUGGAUGGAGGCCCUGGCUGUCGUCCUGCCUGCUCUGCUCCUCCUCGUCAUCAUCCUCGGCAGCAUCUGUCUCAUCAGGAAACUCCGCAGGAGAAAAGAAGCUCUGUCCCUGGAAAAAGACCUUGAAAAUAAAGAGAAAGAAAUGGCUCAGCAACUUCGGGAAGAAUUGCGAUGGAGAAGAGGCCUCCUACAUGCGGUUGAUGUGACUCUGGACCCGGACACCGCCCACCCCCACCUCUUUCUGCACGAGGAUUCCAAGUCUGUGCGGCUGGAAGAUGAACGUCAGAAACUGCCCGAGAAGCCAGAGAGAUUUGACUCCUGGCCUUGCGUGUUGGGGCGGGAGGCCUUCACCUCCGGGAGGCAUUACUGGGAGGUGGAGGUGGGGGAUAGGACCGACUGGGCCAUCGGGGUCUGCAGGGAGGACGUGAUGAAGAAAGGAUUUGACCCCAUGACUCCCAAGAAUGGGUUCUGGGCUGUGGAGCUGUAUGGAAACGGGUACUGGGCCCUCACCCCCCUGCGCACCCCUCUCCCCCUGGCAGGACCGCCCCGUCGGGUUGGGAUUUUCCUGGACUAUGACUCAGGAGACGUUGCCUUCUACAACAUGAUGGACGGGUCCCACAUCUACACGUUCUCCAAGGCCUCUUUCUCUGGCCCCCUCCGACCCUUCUUCUGCUUGUGGUCCUCUGGCAAAAAGCCCCUGACCAUCUGCCCAGUCACGGAUGGGCUGGAGGAAGUCACGGUAGAGGCUGAUGCCAGGGACCCCUCCAAGGAGAUCCCACUGUCCCCCUUGGGGGAGGAUGCUGCCUCUGGGGACACAGACACAUUUCAUUCUAAACUCAUCUGUACCCAGGCCAACCAAGGGGCACCUUAGGGAUGAGCCCAGCUUAGCUGCUUCCCUUUGCUCUCACCCUUCUCUGCCACCCUCGCCCCUCAGGCUUCACCCAGCUCCGUGGCUUCCUGUUGGAUAGGGAUUAGUCUUGGGAAGGUUGUGUGGCUGCUGCUAGAGAAUGUGGGGUGUGGGACCUUUCUAAUCUGUUUCUGUACCAAUAGUCAGGGUCCAGGGAAGUGACUCUUCAAUGACAUCUGUUCUCCUACCCCUGGAGGCCACAUCCUAAAGGGAAGGACUUGAAAUAAAAACAGACAGCUCAGGGAUCGAGAUGGGGUCAGGUUAGAUGGUCAUAGGGUGAUGACAACCAUCCUGGUGUCCAGAGGAGGGGUAUGUGGAGGAACAGGCAAGCAGAAACCCCAAAGGAUUCUUGGAACAGAAGACCCGAGGCUAACACCCCAUCAAGGAACCUGGAGGGGACACUGGGAUGGAGGAAAGUGAGGUGACCGUAGGCCAGGGAUGACCACCUGGCCUGCCCCUACAGUGUCAGGGCCUGUAUCUCAAAUUCCUAAGCUUGUCCUACAGGGCGGAGGAAAUGGGCCCUGCUGCUGUGGAGUCUGAGUGAUUGGAGGGGGGAGUAGAGGAGAGACACCAGGAGGAGGGCCAGGGUGUCAGACAGGAGGUGGACAGGGAGGAGGAUUUUAGACAGUUGUGUGCACAGCAGUGUCUCAGACCCCGUUCCUCUCCGCACUGACCUGCUGCUCCCUUGCCUGGGGGCCAUUCCACCCUCACGCUGUGGGCCCCAUCGUUUCUGCUUCCCCUCCUCCUUAUGAUCUGGGCUCUCUCCCGUUCAGAGGCAGUUCCAGGAAUCGUCCCUCAGGGAUAUCACCACUUCAUCAGCCACUAUCUCAGCCUUGUGCCCCCUCAGCCAUCAUCCCAAUGUCCUGUGUAACCCCUCACACACCCCUUCCCUGAGCAUCAACUACUCCCUUUUUCCAAACCGUGGCCUGUGCGCUCUCUCCCCACACAGCCUCCCUCCCACGCCCUUCUCCUUGGGUCCCCGAUUGCGAUGUCCCUGCUCAGCACAGCGAGCCCGACUGCUCCUGUCUGUCUUCACAUUUCCCUAAUGCCCCAGGCUCCUCUGGUCAACAGGCUGCACGUUUGUCCACGCUCACAUCUCCUACUCGGAUUGUACUUUCCCUGCGUUCAGCAUCAAUGUCGCCCGUGGUCUUAACCUAAUAAAUA